ACACUCUAAGUGUGACUGAAAUUUUGCUUUGUUUAGUUCCAUUUCAAUUGCAAGUAGCACUGGAAGGUGAAGAUGGCGGAGGAGAAGCCAAACGGAGAAGAAGAAGCGAAAGAGGAGAGAAAGGAGAACUUAUACGACGUCGUUCAGCGUCUCAUCUUCGAACCUUCUAAGAUCAAUGCCACCCUCGUCCCUCUCUUCCCCGAAGCUUCUAGAAACUACUCUCGCCACCUCCUUCUCUGCUUCCGUCAAGCCUCUCCCCUCCGACGCCUCCUCUUCAUCUCCGUUGCGACAGUUGCUCUUGUUGCUCUCUCAGGACUUGUUGCUUUUAUGCUCUUCGUUCUGGCUGCAACUAUAAAUGCCAUUUUUGUCUCCCUUCUAAUAUCUUUGGCAGUAGCUGGAGGGUUCUUGGCUCUAUCCUUUGCUUUUGUGACAGCUAUAUAUAUCGGAGCACUAUCAGUGACCAUCUUUGCUAUUUCCACAGUUGUUUUUUGGGCUGUUGUGGCUAUCGUUAUUACUGCAGGAUGGGUUGGAUUCCUUUAUACCUUGUGGCUGGGAACUAGAAAGAGCCUUGAUUUUGCAAAUCGAUCUUUGAGUGUGACUGCCUCUGCUAUUACUACUUAUUCUGCUGCUUGGGGUACUCGCAACCUUGAACACAAAAAAUCAAUUUAGGUGGUGGUUACGUAAAGAACCCUGUACACAAAUCUGAAACAUGAAUGUUUGUUGGAAUGGUGAAAGCACGUUAUAUUUCAUCUCUCUCGUGGUUUGGUUUCAGUGGCUGUCAAUAGCAUGCUUGUAUUAUGUCAAUAAAAACUGCCACGGUUUGGUUGUGUGCAUUUUAGCUCAAACUAAUGUUGAUAAACUCCAGGAUGUAUGAUUCUGCUUCAGUUUUUAUAUGGAAGAACAUGAGCUUUUUUCUUUA